AUGGACAGACAGAUUUAUAGGCUAAUUGGCAAGGCGACAACAUUAGCAGCCAUGGCAUACCGCGUUCGACAAGGCCGAGACUUCGUCACGCCUCCUGUAGGCCUGAGUUACACUGGGUCAUUCUUGUACCAGAUGGACCAUCUAGGCGAAGAAAACUACGUACCCAAUCCAGUGCUCGAGAAAGCCCUGGACGUGCUGUUCUUGAUCCAUGCGGACCAUGAGCUGAAUGCAUCGUGCACUACGGUGCUUCAGACGGGAAGCUCUCUCGUAGACCCUUACUCGGCCAUUGCAGCUGGCUGUGCGUCACUCUACGGACCUUUGCACGGCGGUGCAAAUGAGGCCGUCAUUCGCAUGCUCGUUUCCAUAGGAAGCCCAAAGAAUGUUCCCGCAUUUAUUGAGGCCGUGAAGAGACGGGAAAAGACAUUGUCUGGAUUCGGCCAUCGUGUAUAUAAAACUUCAGAUCCGCGUUCAUUUAUUGUUCGCAAGACGGCUGAUGAAGUAUUUAAAGUCACAGGAAAGGAUGCGCUUCUGGAAACCGCGAUGGCUCUACAUGAUGCGGCCAUGAAGGACGAGUAUUUCAUCAAGCGGAAACUUGCUCCGAAUGUUGACUUCUGCGGCUUGAUAUACCGCGCGAUGGGAUUCCCGAUGGACUUCUUCCCGGUCUUGUUCGCCGUACCGCGAGUCGUCGGGUGGCUCGCCCACUGGCGGCAAAUGAUGCUGCAAGAAGGCGGUGUGAAGAUCUGGCGCCCCCGGCAGGUUUACGUUGGCGCAGGUCAACGGGACUAUGUGCCCGUCGACAAACGCGUGUCCAGAGACGGCAUCGCACAGACACCGUCGGCUGUUGAACACGGAGGGUGA